AUGCAGCUCCCCGUCAACCCCCUCCCCAACCCCCAAGCUGCUCCAUGCCUCUGUGUGGACGCCAAACCUGAGUCAGGUCGGACCAGAGUCCCUGCUUCUCACAGCCAUCGAGAUCUCCGGUGCCAUUUUGGGGCUGGUAGUCAGACACUGAAGGAGUGGGCUUCAGCAGGUGAGAGCUACGCUCCUGGACCCGUCACCGCCCACCAUGGCCGCUGCCUCCGGGCUGCCUCCUUGCUGCACGGAAAUGGAGAGUCACUCCAAGACAGAGUCCUCCAGGACCUGAGCCCCAUGAAGCCUGCCUUGUUCCGCUGUCUGCAGGAACAGGGCCAUGCUGGGGCCUUGAGCAGGCAUGCGGGCCACACUGGUGCCUUCUGCAUCCCACUGUACGUGCCCUACGUGCUGACGGGCCGCUGGACCUUCGGCCGGGGCCUGUGCAAGCUGUGGCUGGUGGUGGAUUACCUGCUGUGCACAUCCUCCGUCUUCAACAUCGUGCUCAUCAGCUACGACCGCUUCCUAUCCGUCACCCGCGCCGUCUCCUACCGGGCCCAGCAGGGUGACACCCGGAGGGCAGUUCAGAAGAUGGCACUGGUCUGGGUGUUGGCCUUCCUGUUAUAUGGGCCAGCCAUCCUGAGCUGGGAGUACCUGUCCGGGGGCAGCUCCAUCCCCGAGGGCCACUGCUACGCCGAGUUCUUCUACAACUGGUACUUCCUCAUCACCGCCUCCACACUGGAGUUCUUCACACCCUUCCUCAGCGUCACCUUCUUCAACCUCAGCAUCUACCUGAACAUCCAGAGACGCACCCGCCUCCGGCUGGACGGCGCCCGCGACACGGGGCCCGAGCCCCCGCCCGAGGCCCAGCCCUCCACGUAUGGGGUGGGUGAGGCUGGGCCUGGGCCCGAGCCCGGGGAUGCUGCGCUCGGGGGCGCCAGCGGCGGGGGCGCCACGGCCUCGCCCACCUCCAGCUCUGGCAGCUCCUCCCGGGGCACCGAGAGGCCACGCUCCCUCAAAAGGGGCUCCAAGCCAUCAGCAUCCUCGGCAUCCCUGGAGAAGCGCAUGAAGAUGGUGUCCCAGAGUAUCACGCAGCGCUUCCGGCUUUCACGGGACAAGAAGGUGGCCAAGUCGCUGGCCAUCAUCGUGAGCAUCUUCGGGCUCUGCUGGGCCCCGUACACGCUGCUGAUGAUCAUCCGGGCGGCCUGCCACGGCCGCUGCAUCCCCGACUACUGGUACGAGACGUCCUUCUGGCUCCUGUGGGCCAACUCGGCGGUCAACCCCGUCCUCUACCCGCUGUGCCACCACAGCUUCCGCCGGGCCUUCACCAAGCUGCUCUGCCCCCAGAAGCUCAAGGUCCAACCCCACGGCUCCCUGGAGCAGUGCUGGAAGAAGAUGAAGAAGAAGAAAACACCACAGCCAGAGCCCUGGCUGCCCCGCUGCCCAGCCCCACUAAAUGGCUACAAAUUGGAGGAUAAAAGCGCAGGCUUUCAAGCAAUUUUGCCUUCAAUCUCUGGAAACUGCCGCUCCCAGAGCCGCUGCGUGGGGACAGAGAAGGAGAGAAGAAAGACACGGAGCCUAUUGGGCCCCACGCGUCUGCAGCAAACAAACAGCCGAGGGGCUGUCUGCCAUCCCAGCCUCUCCUGCAGUCCCAGCCCUGGAGGAAACAAAGAUGCAGCUGGGGCCCAGCCGCACAGCUGCUGUUUACUGAGCGCCUACUGUGUACCAGGCAGGCAGCAGGGGGCCUGCCCUGCAGCCGGAGCCACACCCACACUGGCGCUGCUGGGUCCUGUGCUGCAGCAAGCUGCUCCUGCGCGGCUGCUGGCCCGGCUCUCUGUCGCUCCUUGGAGUGGGGAACGCCACCCUGCCGCCCACUGGGCAGGCCUCGUGGAGGGGUCUCAGGGCCGGAGCCUGCCUGGGCCCCGCUGGCUGACGGGCAGGCGGAAGGUUCUGGGCACAGGCUGGCUGCAGGGGGGAGUGCUGUCUUCCCAGUCUGAGCGGGAGCUCCAGAGCGCCCAGGUUCUGUUCUGCACACGGGUGAGCCCAGCCCGUCCUUCUGCGAAAGGCCAGAUCACGGGGAGCGAGGACUACCAGAGGGACGGCCACGUGGCCCUCCCGGUGCUCCUGUUCCCCCCGCCGCUGUGGCUGGGCCUUCCACUGGGCGUCAUCAACACUCCUUCUGGGAAGCCAACGCCAAUGCCAGGCUUCGCCUAA